AUGAGAAAAAACUCUACCUCAAAAAAUGCAAGAUUAUUAUCACAAUCAGAAGAAAUUCCCUGCAUGUCAAAUCAAAUAAAUGCAACAGAAAGCAUUGCUAAUUUAUCCGAUGAUACAACUCCUCUCAAGACAGAAAUUCAAACAUUUAUGAAUGAUACUUAUAAUGAAUUUGAAUUUUAUCUUCAAGAUAAUAAAAUUACUAAUUCCACAAAAAAAUGUGAAAAGGUAUCCACAUACAUAGAUUGGAGAGGGAUGGAUUAUGUUAAUUUGCUAUUAAGUAAAAAAGAAAAUUAUAAUAUCUCAUGCCUCGUUGAAGAUUGGAAUAAUAAACAAAAUUCUUUUGAAGCACAUAUACUUAAAAAAACAAAUUCAGCAUGCAAUAUUGGAAAAUUUCAUUAUUGUCCUCUUUUGAAUAAAAAUAAUAACUGCACUAGCCCUUAUGAAAAUAAAGAUCUACCAAUAAAAACAUCAUUAACAUACAAUCAACUCAAUGAAGAUAUUUAUUUUAAUAAUAAAAAUCAAAUUAUUGAGCAAAGACAGAUUAAGUUUCACAAUGUUACUUAUGAUAUAUCUGAUUACUAUUUCAAUGCAUAUAAUGAAAAUAAAACUGAACUUAAUUGUGCAAAGUGGAGUAUGUAUAUAUAUAAGAGAGGGAAGCUAUUUGUUAAUAUGAUGAACAAUGAAAUUCGUUCCGAAGAGAUUUAUAGACAGGAUUCUAUUAAUACAUGGAAUACUUUUAGUAAUGCUUUGGAAGGUUAUACAUUAGAUCUGACAAGUAAUCAAUGUAAUAUGACAGCAUUAAUAUAUAAAAUUAAAGAUAAAGAAAAAUUAACUAAAUCAUAUGAUUUAGCAUGGGUUCAUUCAGAUAACAAUAUUAGUGGAUCUAAUCAAACUUCAGGUGUUGCAACUCCAUUACCAGAUAAGUUACAAUCUACAAAUGGAAUUUCCAAUAUUCCAUAUAAUGUUGCUGCAACGAAUUCAAUAGAUAAUAAUACAGGUACAUUUAGUAGUAUAAAUAAUAAUACAACUACAAAUACACCUAUAAGUAUUACUUUAAAGCCAUCAAAAGCAGAUGACCAAUCUACACUACAAGCUAUAACCGCAACUUCUUCAGAAGUUACAACACAACCUAAUUUUUUAAUUUCAGGUACUACUCCUGGAUCUAACUUGUAUGCAACUGAACCAUCAGUUUCAAAUUCUCCUGUAGGUGGUAAUACCUCUUCUGCAAGUAGUAAUUCAUAUUCUUCAGAAGAUAACUCUAAACAUUUAAUGAGUGUUGAGACCCCAACUGGUAGUGCACCUCUUUUAACAAAUGAGUAUCAACUUUUACCUUCUGCAAAUAUAGUUGGACCUAAUGUAAAUGGUAGUACAUCCAUUUCUGUAAAUCAAUCUUCAUCUAAUACAAAUAGUUAUUCCAUUUCUCCUACAAUUGUAACUCCACCAUCUACAUAUGAUUCUACAUCUUAUUUAACAGUUAAUGAUGCUCAUUCUUCAGUUAUUACUAAAAAUUCUACAAAUACUACAAUUCCUACACCCUCAUCUUCUGAAAUUGAGCCUUCUCUUACCAGUAGAAUUACACCUAUUCAACAUAGCUCUACGCCUCCUAUGACUGUACCUACACCUACUAUUAGAACUACACCUUCCGUGAAUGAUUCUGCGUCUCCUCCAGAUGAUAUAAAUACACCCCCUACUAUCACCGUUCAUCCCUUAACUGAUAAUACUACAUCUAUGACAAAUGGGUCUUCAUCUUCUCCUACGAGAGUAUUUCCCCUUUCAACAAUGUCUUCUAUAGAUUCAAAUUCAUCUUCCUCAAAUAUUUCUAUAACUCAUAUGACUAAACCUAUAUUAAAUAGCGCAGUAGUAUCUACAAAUAAUUCAAUGUCCACUGCAAAAGAUGACACUAUUCAUCCUACUAUUAGGAGUAAAUCUUCUACAGACAUUACUAGAUUUUCAUCUAUAUCUAAUAGUAAUUCUUAUACAACAUUACCUAAAUCUUUAGAAUCUUCAAAUUUCAACGCAUCUAAUAGUGUAACUAAAUUUCCUAAAAAAAAUGGUAAUAUAUCAUUAUGGGUUACAGGAAAUCCCCCAGCACGAAACUCUCAGAAUACACCUGCCUCUAUUAUACAGGAUAAGGUAAUUUCACCUGUAAAUAUGACUCAUAGUAGUGCAUUAAAAAAUAAUGUAAAUGUAGAUUCUUCGAGUGUGACUGUUUCAAAUAAUUCUACUACACAAAACCCAUUGAAUAACAGUACUGAAGUUACACCUACAGUUAAUCCUACAGGAAAUAUAUUAAUAACAAUCGUUCCAGUAGGUAUAUUCAUUUUGGGAAUUAUUUUCUUUUUAAUUCUUCUCUGUAAAUACACUUUUAUUGGAUCCUGGUUUCGCAAUCGUAAAUCAAAGAAAAAAAAAGUAAGAAAAAAGAUGAAGAAAAUUUCAAAGGAACCGUUAUUAAUGUCUUUAAAUGAUAUAGAUAGUGAAACGAUAAAUAAAGGUAAAUAUUCGUUGUUGCACAACGAAAAACAAAUUCCAGUGUGUGAAAUUAAUUUUGAAAGUGAAAGAAAUUUAAAACAUAGACAGAUGAAUAAAUCAAAGGAAUGGAAAGAAAUAUACAUGGUAAGUGGAGAUGAACGCGUACAUGAAGUUGUACAAGAAGUAUCGAAGCAAAAAAAUGAGUUUUCAAUAGAAGAAAAAAAAUUAAAUAGGGAUGAUCUUAAAAAUGAAAUUGAAGAAGAUGAAUUGGAUAUGAAUAAAUCUACAAAUAAAAAUAGAAAAAAAAAAUUAAUUAAAAAUGGAUUAGAAAAAAAUGCCGUUCAUGUUGUAGGUUAUUCCAGGAAUAAUACAUUAAAAGAGGAAGGAACAAAUGAAAUAAAUGUAAAAACUAAAAAACCUACAUAUGAAGGGGAAAUUAAAAAUUCAGACAAUAAAAUGUCAAUCAUGGGUGAAGUGUGCAAUUGUAAUACAUGGGCGGAUACACAUGUUAUAGCAUUACUAGAGUGUAAAAAAGAAGAAUGGGAAUUGAUCAAAAAUGAAUUUCUAAAAAUUUGCAUAGAAGUUUUUGAAAUGGACGAAAAAACUAUAUAUUUAAAAGAGUAUGGCAUUAAUUUAUUGAAGAAAAGAGAAGAAGAAAAUAGUACAGUAGUGACAGAAAAAAAUAGUAGUAUUCCAGAGAAAUGGAAAAAAGAAGAAUGGUUCAUUAAUUUAAAAAAAGAAUGGAAGAAUGAAGAAGAAAAACUUUUAGAAUAUAUAGAAGAAUAUGAAAUUGAAAAUUUAACAGUGGAAGAAAAAAGUAAUCUAAUGUUAGACAAAAAGAAAAAAUCAUGGAGGAAAUGGCUAGAAAAACAAAGAGAAUAUUCAAAUGAAUAUAAAAGGCAGGAUUGGUUUAUGAAGUUAUUGGAAGAAUAUGAAAAGGUUGGAAUUUAUAAAAAUAUAAUGGAAGAAAAAAUUGAAAAAAUAAGUGUAAAAAAACAAGAGAAUGAAAAAAAUGAUGAAAUAGAUAAAUAUGAAAUGAAGAAAAAUUUAACAAAAAAAAUGUUAAUAGAUAUAUAUAUGAUGGUAUUAGAGGAAUGUAAAAAGGAAGAAUUGGAAAGGGAAAAAGAUGAAUUGUUUAAAACAAACAUAGAAGGAUUAGAAAUACAAAGAAAUUUAGAUGAGUUGGAAAAUAUAUUAAAAAAAAUAGAGGAAGAAAGAAGUUGGAAUUCUAUAUUAGAGAAAAAAAAAGAGGAUAUAGAAAAAUGGAAAAGAGAAAAAUGGUUUGUAGAGUUAAUUCUGGAAUGGAAAGAUAAUGAACAGAAAUAUAUAGAAGAAUUAAAUAAAAAAAUGUUGGAAAAAAAAAAUGAAGAGAGAAAAACAAAUAUUGCUUUAGAAAGGCAAUAUAUUAUAUGGAAAAAACAUUGGGAAGAUAUUCGUAAAAAGUGGAUAGAAAAUGAUAACAAAGAAGAAUGGUUUACAAAAUUGGUUGAUGAUGUUGAAAGUAAAGAGAAUGAAUAUAGAAGUGAAAUUACUAAAAAUAAUAUAGAAAAGAAAAAGGAAAAUAUAGAAAGAUUUGAGCCAAUAGUAGAGAUUAAUAGAAAAGUAAAAGAAGAAGUGAAAAAAUAUGAAAAGACUCAUCUAGAAGAUACAGAUGAAAGGAUUAAUUCCAUAAUGAUGAAAAAAAAAUUAAAGUGGAAGACUAUAAUAGAAAUGCACAUGAUUGUAUUAGAGGAAUGUAAAAAAGAGGAGUGGAUGUUGAAUAGAGGAAAGUUUUUAGAAGCCUGUUUAGAAGAAUUUAUAGAAGAAGAUAAAGGAAAAUAUCCAAAAAUAAUGGAAAAUGAUUUAGUAAGAAUGAGUAAUGGGGAAGAAGAGAUUAGUACAAUAAUGAUAGAGAAACAAAAACUUCUAUGGAAAAAAUGGGUAGAAAGAAAUAAAAGUAUGUUAAAGAAAUGGAAAAAAGAAGAAUGGUUUAUUAAUUUGAAAAAAGAAUGGAUACAAGAACAAGAAAAAUUUAAAGAAAUAAUAAAUGAGUCAGAAAUUGAAGAUAUAGAAGUAGGAAAAAAUCCUAUGCUAGAGAAACAGAAAAAAAUAUGGAGACAAUGGCUAAAAAAACAAAGAGCAUGGUUUAUAGAGCAUAGUGAGGAGAAAUGGUUUAAUGAUUUAUUAGCCGAAUAUGAAAAUGAAGAAGAAUGUAAGGAAGAAUUAACUAAAAGAAAUAAGAAAAAAGUGAAGGAAAUUCAUGGAAAUAUAAAUAAGUUACAACAAGAAGGUAAUGAAGAAAUAGAGAAAUGUAGUAAAAAGAAAAAGUUGACACAAAAAGUGUUAAUAGAAAUACAUAUGAUGGUACUAGAGGAAUGUAAAAAUGUAGAAUGGGAAAAAGAAAAGGAUGAAUUUUUUAAAACAAUUAUGAAAGGGUUAAGAAUACAAGAAAAUUUUGAUGAAGAAGCAAAAAUAUUGGAAAAUAUAGGAGAUAAAUGA